UUUUCAAAUGCAUAUUUUUCUAUAAACUGUUAGGUCUAUUUCGAAAAGCGGUUCAAAUAAAAUAAUUUUCACAAACAAAUUUCAAUCCAAUUGAAAGAAUAGAAAGAAAAAACGUGUUUAAUUUACAAAAAUGAUGAUAAUUUCUUUAUACAAAUAACAUCUCACCAACAAAUAUCAAACAAUUCGAUUAAAACUGCACAAACUGCAUUCGAAUAGAAAAAAAAAGAAAUAAAAAAUGGAAAAUUGCUUAAGUGACCAUAAAACACCAAAAAGAAGCAUUCACAUUGAUGGCGAAAAGCUACUCGAUAAAAUUAAUAUCCUUACAACAAAAUGUGAAAAUAAUUUAAAGGUUCCUACGAUAAAGGAUUUCGUUAUUAUCAAACCAAUUUCUCGAGGAGCAUUUGGUAAAGUAUUCCUCGGCUACAAAAACAAUGAUCCAAAUAAGCUAUUUGCUGUUAAAGUUAUGAGAAAAUCAGAAAUGAUAAACAAGAAUAUGGUCUCUCAGGUUAUUACAGAGCGAAAUGCUCUCGCCUUAUCUCGUAGUCCUUUUUGUGUGAGUCUAUUCUACUCGUUGCAAUCUGUUUCGUAUGUUUAUCUCGUCAUGGAAUACAUGGUUGGUGGGGAUUUGAAAUCCCUGUUGGCAAUGUAUGGUUUUUUCGAUGAACCUGCUGCUAGAUUUUAUGUGGCCGAGAUUACAUUGGCGUUGCAAUAUUUACAUGAGCAUGGAAUUGUUCAUAGGGACAUUAAGCCGGAUAAUAUGCUUCUGUCGGCCUCGGGUCAUGUUAAAUUGACUGAUUUUGGUUUGAGUAAGAUUGAAUUGAGAAGAGAUUUGGAAAUAUCUGAUUUAAUCAAUUGUUCACCUAAUUUGAAUGCCAGGACACCGGGACAAUUGCUAUCGUUAACUUCACAUCUUUCUUUUGGAUCGGAGAAGAAACAUGAAGGAGCUACUUCACAUCUUAUUAAUGCAAUGAAUAAGCACAGCAAGUGUGAUAUUAUUUUGGAAUCCUCUGACAGCGAAGUGGAUACAUCAUGCAACGGUGACAAAAUAAACGACAGCAAAAUCUCUGGUGUAUCACCGUUUUUCUCAGCUGAAGACUUAAAUAUUUCAAUAACAACACCGCACACAUGUAUUCAAACGACAGAUAGUUCCUCAUCAUAUCACACUUGCACAUCAACCGAGUUAAGCAGCAAAAGUUCCCCAACUGAAUUCCAUUCAAUUAAUAAAUCUGAUGACAAUGAUAGCAGUGAAAAAUGCAAACAAAUUGAUACAAGUUGUAAUGGUUGCAAGUUUAUCGUCUCAAGAGCUCCUGCGGAAGAAAAGGAAAAUUUACUACAAAAACCCGAGACUGAUGAGGAAGUCAGUAAGACUUCAUUUGAGUUUUCAAUGCGGAUGCGAACCUCAAAAACUCAAGAAGACUCAGGCGUAUCAAGUCGCAAUUCGAAUUCAAAUUCAAAUUCGAACAAUACCAACUGUGGUGAGAUUUCAUCGAUUGACAAAGUCGAAAAUAUGUGCAAUUCCAAAGAGGAUCUCAGCUGCUCGGAUUAUUCCCGAAGGUUUGUUGCUUUCCACUCGCAUGCCCUCUCAAAACUAACCACCAGCACUGUCUCUAGCUAUAACGUUAGUAACACAAAUGAGCUUAGUGGCAUUCGCAUGCAUUCACCAUUCCGCAAUAAUUCCCGAAGUUUCAAAAGACCCGAGUACCUCAGAAGUUUAAAGAGAAAAAUCCAUUUAAUCAAUCGUUCGGACAAUAAUUCCGGAUUCGAUGUUGACGCUAGUUCUGGCAGCACUGGGCUAACGCAGGAAAUCGACAUCCUGGACAUUGGCAGUAGCACGCCAAAGAAGCGAAAAGCAAAAUCGCCAAUACGAGGUGUGCUCAAAGUCAGAUCUCUGUCUGAUGAUGAGAUGCCUAUCAAUGAUAACAUUGCCAAUGUGGUCUUCUCCACGCCAGUCUCGUCGCAGAAAGCUCCACGGCGAGAUUGUGGACUGAUUGGAAAGCUGAAAGCGACUCGAUUCGCCUUGCCACUGUCGACAGAGACAAAGAAACGCGAUUUGUUGCCGGGUGAGAAGGGUAGUGGUGGAGUGCAAUAUCUGAAGAUUGGCGAUGAGCCUACAAUGUCGCCGAUAAAUCAGGGAGCUAGCUUGCCAAAGACACCAAAGACUGUCAAUACGCCAUUUCGGACGCCGAAAUCGGUUCGUCGAGGACAGCUUGUCUCUGAUGAGCGGAUUCUUGGAACUCCUGAUUAUUUAGCUCCUGAACUUCUUUUAAUGCAUGGACAUGGUAAAGCAGUCGAUUGGUGGGCACUGGGUGUUUGCUUCUAUGAAUUCAUGACUGGCAUACCGCCGUUUAACGAUGAAACACCACAAAAAGUGUUUGACAACAUUCUACACAAAAAUAUUGAAUGGCCACAGGAUGAUGAAGCACUUUCUCCAGAAGCUGUAGAAGCAGUCGAACUGCUUCUUACAAUGGAUCCAUUAGAAAGGCCAGCAGCAAAAGAAGUUCAAUCGAUGCGAUUUUUCAGCAGCAUAGAUUGGCUAAAUAUGGAGAAAGAAACACCUCCGUUUAUACCCUCACCAGAAAAUCCACAAGAUACAGCUUAUUUUGAUGCUCGAAAUAAUAUGCAACAUCUUAAAUUGUCAAAUUUUGCCCCAGAAGACUAAAAGCUGUUAGCUUUCUUCGUUUGCCUAUUUAUUGUUUUAUUUUUAAUUUUUUUUUUUAAAUUUAAGAUUUAUCUUGAACUGAGAGAUUCUUGUAAUUUCCAUUAGUUAACGAGCAAAAAUCUUUAAGACAUACAUUUUUGCCAUCAAAUUUAUUAUUAAGUAUUUGGAUUUUUCUGAGUUGUUUUUAUAUUUUAUAAAUAAAUAAAUAAAUGUUGUUUGUUAAGCUAAGAAUUUUCAACAAUACACAGAAAUUAUGUAUGUAUAAA